AUGAACAGUUCAACGUUCAAGUUUUUGGUCAUGUCCAAUCAAGAAAACAUGUCGCUGUACUAUGACCCUCAGCUUUCUGAGGAAGACCUCACGCAUACGUGGGGGACCAACACAAUAAUCAACCCGGCGAGCCUAGGAACCUUGGAUUCAAGUAGAAUCCCACUUCAGCACAUGCAUACCAAGUCGGAGAGGACUCAGCCAGGAACAUAUUUACAACCAACAGAAUUUCUGCCGGUAACAAGCACGCACAAUGUCGGACCAACAUUCCAACGAGGCAGCAGUAUCGGAUUCGAUCCUUCGUCUAGUUAUGUAUCGGGAGGAUGUGUUCACCCCUUGCAGAAUAUCUUUCCGAACAAUGCUUUCUUCUCGAUGCAAGGUGGCCAACACAAUCAACCAGUCUUAUCAUAUGCCCAGCAGCUACUUUCAUACAACAGAAGAUACCCCAAUCUUAACACAGAAUUCGCCCAGAAUGACCCUUCAUUGAUAUAUCCUGAAUAUCCUCUUCUCGACAAUCAAAAUAUCUAUUAUAAUUCUUAUAAUUCUUCGCCAUAUGGUAACUGUGUUAUUGAGCAAACUCAGCAAAACUUCAUGAAUCCUUACCUGGUCAACGCUGGCUAUACUAUGAAUAGCCCGUACCAAUCUCAACAUACGCAGACGGAAAGUUCUCAAAACUCAACAAAAGAAAAUGAAGAGCCCAGCACGAACAGGGCCGCGAAACAAAAAGACAAAGACCCUCCGUUCGAUCCCCGUCCUCUAUACGGCAAAGCAGAGACACGUGACUCUUGGGGAAGCAAAACUUGGGUGAAUAAGGAAGAUAGGUUGGCAUACAAGUUGGAAGACUUGGAAGACUUGGAAGACUUGGAAAAGUUGGAAGACUUGAAAGACUUGAAAAAAUUGGAAAAGUUGAAAAUGUUAGACAAGUUGGGGAAAUUGCACAAGUUGUUCGCUUAUACUGAAAAGGGGCAAUGGCUGCUUACCCGCAAGUUUAACGAUAAACAACUGCGAAAAUAUGCGAAGCACUGCCCGGAAGGCACCGUCUUUCGAGUUCAACAAUACCCCACAAACUCCAAAUUCCGAAUGAGCCCAGAAGACCAAGAGUGCCGUUGGGCUAAUUGUCCACUCAAGAGUAACAAAAUCACGACGGGCUGGCUUCGUGUCUGCUUUGACGAGUUUCCUAUGGAAACAUCUAGUGGGAAGCGCGAUCCCUUCUUAUGCGCUGGCUCAAUGCAUCUUUGGUGCUUUGAACAGGUCUUUGAUCCCGUGGAGUUCUACCUAGAGGGGCGUCUCAUACCCGAAAUAAGAGAGUUUGAUCAUGAGAAGCAGAACGUGAUGAGCUUGAAAAAGCUAACCGACGCCGAAAUCAUAAAAGACGCAUACAAUGUGUGGUUCGCAAAGUGGGUACCCUCCUUUGAACGGCAUGGAAAACAGGUGCCUCGAGAAUAUCAGGACACUCUGUCUUACACGCUGAAUGAUUACCAUGUUGAACAUCAGACGGAUGCUCGGGAUAAAUCGAGAGAAACUCGGCAUGAAAAGAAACUCGACAAAACAACACCCAAAAAGACAAUCGAGGUGCACUUGGGCGACCUCAAGUUGUUUGCGGAGCUUGAAAGAAUGACCCAAAAUGCGAAAAAAGCCAAAAGGGCCAAAAAGGCCAACAGGCGACCAGAGAUGGAGGAGAGAGAAGAUCCACCUAGUGAUGGCUUUGACUCUUCAGAUCUUUCGAGAAUACGGAUUCCUCCCCCUCAAGCUCCUAGAACAAAGAAAGCAGGGAGUCCUGAACGACUGGCGUCUUAUUUACCUAUCGACCCAGCUCUGGGAACAUCAUCGUCUCAUCUUUCGCAAACAAAGCGGCGUUCUCCGAGGGGAAGCGAGCCAAAACUAACAUCCCCUCGAAGACACAAGAAAGAAGUCAGAAGACGUGUACUUGCGUCUCAGCCACCUGUUGACCGAGGCCAUAAUCUCAGCACGGAUUCGUGUUCUUCUACUUCGACGAGUUAUUUGAAUACGAGUUCCACGCCGUCAAGCUCUUUCAGCUCCUUGAACUCAGCUUGCAGCACGCUGCCAUUAUCAAAUCUUGGGCCACCACGCAAGACUAUAGUUUCACCUAAUCAUAAUCAGAGUAGUCUUGCAAACGCCUAUACUUCAGUCUAUUCCCAAGCAAUGCCAAGGCCAAGCUCUAGUAUGGAAUAUCCGACGCAGCCUGGCCAUUCUCUCGGGCCACCUUCAUGGCAGUACCAGCAGCAGCAAUAUUCCAGCACAGCGGCACUUCCAUUUGUAGAAGCGGAACACCAGCCAGAAUUCCAUGACUGCAAUCUGAAUACUCCACUCAAAGUAUCACGAGGCAAUGAUUUGGUGGAGCCUUGUCAAAACGAGACAAAGACUUGGACACAAGAAGCAGCAGCAGAAGCAUCACAGGUGCUCGGGGACAGCGAAAGGACGAGCUUGAAUGACUCAAACCAGUUCAAAGGCCUGGACCCAGAAGAGCCGAGCAUCGACCAGUUUCUCAUCUUCGACGACGAUGUGCCAGAGCCGACUGAGAAUCCAGCGGAAGGCAGCACUGGAGCGAUGGACAACUUUGCAGCUCAGACACAAAUGAAUGCCGCUGCCAGCCAGCCUCUAGAGCUUGUGGCCUGCGCCGAGAGCCCGCAAGUUGACGCUAUGGUAGAGCCUUGGCAUAGCUACGGCAGCUUCAUGGAUCCCAUGAACUAUGGUGCCUAUAGCAAUACUGACAUUCUUCCAUUAUUUGACGAUUCUAUAGCCACCGCCUAG